GAGGACCCGCGGUCGGCUGGGGGAGGAGGAGCUGAGAAAGGGGGGUGGGGACAGGAGGAGGCCAGGUUGUUGAUUUCGCCUCAGGUACACCCCCACCCUGCAAAUAUUGGCUCCAACCUGAAGUCAUGUGGAGCCCAGAAUAGCUCCUGGGGAACUUAGCGGAGAGUCCGUCUCUGACCUGCGGCUACGAGGAGCGGUGGUCUGUCUGUCUGUCUGUCUUUGAUCCAUGGCUACGAGGAGCGGCGGUCUGUCUGUCUGUCUUUGCCCCCCUUUCUCUUUCUCUCCCCCAGCCUUCUCUCUCCCCCGGAUUCUAUUUCUCUUUCCUCUUUUUCUCCAUAUCUUUAUCCUCAGCCCUAGACCCCAUUAUCCUUUCCUUAUGGGGAGCCCCUCGUCCCCAGAAGAUUGCACAGAGCUGGGGGGAGCCCCAUUGAGUAGCCUCUGCGCCAGGUUAGUCGAGAAAGCAGACACAGUUCUCAGACAGGACAAGGGGCCAGGACAGGGACCCAUAGUUACCAGUUCGGCCUCGGGGCCCGCCUUGGAGUUCUGGCAAGCCGUGCUGGUCGGGGAUGCGGCCUCCGUGUCCCGUCUCUUGGCCUCCCCUGACACGGGUCUCACCCCGGAUGUUGUCUUUGAUACCAGCGACCCUGAGAGAUGGAGAGAUUACAGAUUCAACAUCCGAGCUCUGAGGCUCUGGUCUCUGACCUACGUGGAGGAGCUGACCACCCCGAUUCACGUAUCGGCCAGCCGAGGCCACGAUCAAGUCCUCCAGCUGCUGCUGCAUCGGGGAGCCCGGCCGGAUGCCGCCCCCGGGGGCCGCACUGCGCUGCACGAAGCCUGCAUCUCUGGCCAAGCGCCCUGCGCCCGCCUGCUGCUGGUGGCGGGGGCUGACCCAGACGUCCCAGACCAGGAUGGGCGGCGCCCUUUACACCUGUGCCAGGGGCCCGGUGCCCUCCAGUGUGCAGAGCUGCUGCUGAGGUUCGGCGCCCGCGUGGACGGCCGGUCCGAGGAAGAAGAGGAAACGCCGUUACACGUGGCUGCUCGAGGGGGCUCGGUAGAGCUGGCCGCCUUGCUCCUGAGGAAGGGAGCGUGUCCGGACGCUCGAGACGCCGAAGGCCGGACCCCGCUCCUGGCCGCCUGCUCGGUCCCCUUCCACCCCCGCGCCGAGGCCGAGGCGGCCCCCUCCAGGUGUCUCCACCUGUGCCGCCUGCUUCUCUCCGCAGGGGCCGACGCGGACGCCGCAGACCACGACAGGCAGCGGCCUCUGCACCUGGCCUGCCGGCGCGGCCACGUGGCCGUGGCGGAGCUGCUCCUGUCGCGGGGGGUCAGUGUCAACGCCAUGGACUACGGCGGCCACACGGCGCUGCACUGGGCCUUGCAGGGUCCGGCCGCUGCCCUGCCCUGCAGCCCGGAACACGUGGUCCGAGCCCUACUCAAUCACGGCGCGGUGCGGAUCUGGCCCGGGGCCCUGCCCAAGGUGUUGGAACGCUGGUGUGAAUUUCCCCGGAUAAUUGAGGUUCUGAUGAAUACCUAUAGUCUUGUAAAGCUGCCAGGGGAUGCAGUGGACCUUAUACCCCCUGAAGUCCUCCAGAAGCAUCAAGAUUUCUACUCUUCCCUCUUCACCUUGGUGGGUCGGCCGAGAUCCCUAAAACACCUGAGUCGCCACGCUCUCCGAUCUCACCUGGCUGCUUGCUUGUCCCAGGCGCUGCCUCAGUUGCCUUUGCCUCCCUGCCUCCUUCGCUAUCUACAGCUGGAUUUUGAGGAUGUUCUCUACUAAAUUCCUGACAAGAUUACCUGGAAAACAACACUCCAUCCAGCCUGGCCUCCCAAGAGCCUCCGGGGCUUUGCUUCCUGGGUACUGACAUCCAAGGAUGUGCUUCCAUGGUAGCCCAGAGACCAAAUAUCCCCAAAGCUUUUCAUCUGCCUGUCCUUGGAUCACAAGCCACUCUCCCCUAGCCUCCGGCUUCCUCCCACAAGGCUUCUAUCACCAUUGACAUCCCUCUCAAGGCCUUUCUACUCUCAGGCCUUCAGAGGAAGUAGUUUAGACUCUCUUGGGUCCCUUCCCCCCAACUCUUUUACCCCAGGGGAAAGAAUUUCUAGUUAUAUGUAUUUAUAUUUCAAGUUAUGGUGAAGAUUUACUCUGGCCCUGUAGUCCCCGAUGGAAAACGAGCUUGGUAUUGUAGAUAACUGAUACCAGGAGGGCAGAGGGAGCUGGUGCUGCAAAAUGAAGAGAGGAAGAAGGACAAUAGAGGAGGACAAAAGAGACAGUCGGUGUUGGGGGGGCGGUUCUCUUGGGUGUCUGGGGGAGCUUAGCUCAGUGCAAUCUCUCCUUUCCCCGGUACUGUGUUUCCCCACUUGCACAUUCUCUUUAAACUCAAUUUCUGGAAGUGCAUUAAAAUGUGCAAUGUUAUUGUC